ACGACGUUGUUGAAUCAUCAUCAUCACGGUCGAAUCCGUCGGCCAAUUCGCUACUUUCUUGGAGUCGUUUCCAUCUCCAGCAAUGGUUGGAGUCUCCAUCUCCUUCGACAAAAUUGAAGCAGAGAAAAGGACUUCCGACUCCAAACUCGUCCAGUCACCAUCUAACCGAGCCAUCCAUCAGCUUCUCGAGCGCAUCAACCCGCUCCUGUCUCCACUUUUGCAGUUCAGUGGCGAAGUCCUUUCCGCCAUCACCGUCACUCAGUCACGGCCACUGGUCUUCUCAGAGAGACGAAGUCAUCGUCUCCGUCCAGUCAUAGACGUCGUCGUUAUUGUCGGCUCAUACCAAGGUUCCGUCUCUGCCUCGGUCAGGUCGCCAUGUCCCUGUCACCGUCGAGAGCCGAUGUCCAUCCCGGCCUCCAACAUGCUUGUCGUCGUCGGCGGCGGCAAGACAAGAUCCUUAGAUCGACCAUCAACGUCCAGACUGUCAUCAUCCUCCGCGCCAUCUAACGACGGCCGAGUCAACGUGGGUUGGAUCAGCUUCGUUCAUCGUCUGCGUCCCGACGCCGCUGAAUCACCAUUGUUGUUGGCGUCAGGCGAGACUGCUCAAAUCCGAGCCCCCCACCAUAACCAGCAUUGUCUCAUCCGCAAGAUCACCAUCAGAGAUCUUCUUUUGCAUCUUGUCUCCCGCCAUUCCGCCGCCGUUGAUUGCUUCUCCUGAGAUGGUGCAGUUGAUGAGGUGGGCGCAUGAGGGAGAAUUUGCGAAACCAAGGGUUUCUUUCUCCAUUUGGGCCAUCUUCAACAAAAUGGGCUGCCAAAU